UUUCCGUGUGUAUCCUUACGCGCUCCAGCGGCCGUUAAGAGCUGCGCGCUGAUUGGCUGCAGCCAAGGAGGACGCUUUAAUACUUAUGGUGCUGUGGUUGGCUGCAGACUGUAAAGGUUCAAGCAAUUUUUUUACAGCUUAGUGUCUGUGGCACCGUAAUUAAUUGUAGCUAGCCGUCUCUUAUCGAUGCGUUUGGAAGGAACAUGAAAUAGCAGUUGUGUUGUGGUGUUUUUUUUUUUCUUUUUUAAUCAAAGGACUUUACCGGUCGGCCUUAGAGAUUAGAGAUCCAAUUGUGCUGCUGCUGCUGCUGCUACUGCUACUGCUGCUGCUGGUGGUUACUAUUUCUACCUUUACGUGUGAUGUUGGAUAUGGGAGAACGGAAAGAAGUAAAAAUGAUUCCCAAAUCAUCGUUCAGUAUAAACAGCCUGGUGCCUGAAGCCGUCCAGAGUGACAACCACCACAGGACCAUCCCCGAAGAAGAAGAGAAAAUCCCUUUACCUAUAGCACAGGACACGAAGUCGGAGAACACUUGUGCUAAAAGUGACAAUUCUGAGCCAACGGACGAUAAGGAAAAACAGGAGGAAAAAAAAGACUCCAAAGAGGGCGAAGGAGGCAAAGACGGCGAAAAGAAAAACGGCAAGUACGAGAAACCUCCCUUUAGCUAUAACGCCUUAAUCAUGAUGGCCAUCAGGCAAAGUCCGGAGAAACGGUUAACGCUGAACGGCAUUUACGAGUUCAUUAUGAAAAAUUUUCCAUACUACCGGGAAAACAAGCAAGGCUGGCAGAACUCCAUCCGGCACAACCUAAGUUUGAACAAGUGCUUUGUCAAAGUUCCACGGCAUUACGAUGACCCGGGCAAAGGGAACUACUGGAUGCUCGACCCUUCGAGUGACGACGUGUUCAUCGGCGGCACGACGGGAAAACUUCGGCGGAGAUCGACCACGUCACGGGCCAAGCUGGCGUUCAAGCGCGGCGCACGGCUCACCUCCACUGGCCUCACGUUCAUGGAUAGAGCUGGCUCUCUAUACUGGCCCAUGUCGCCCUUCCUUUCGCUGCACCACCCCAGGGCAAGCGGCGCCCUGAGCUACAACGGCACGUCCUCGGCCUACCCGAGCCACCCGAUGUCCUAUAGCACCAUGCUGACGCAGAACGGUUUGAGCAACAACCACUCGUUCCCGUCCUCGAACGGCCUGAGCGUGGACAGACUCGUGAACGGAGAGAUCCCGUACGCCACGCAUCACCUGACGGCUGCAGCACUGGCCGCAUCUGUGCCCUGCGGCCUCUCAGUGCCCUGCUCAGGGACGUACUCUCUCAACCCGUGCUCAGUGAACCUCCUGGCGGGACAGACCGGCUAUUUCUUUCCCCAUAUGCCGCAUCCUUCCAUGAGUUCGCAGGGCAGCACGUCGAUGAGUUCUCGCACAGCUUCUUCUUCGUCGCCGCAGGCGGCUGCGUCUCUCCCGUGCGAGUCGUUAAGGCCUACACUACCGAGCUUCUCGUCGGGACUUUCCGCCGGACUGUCUGAUUACUUCACACAUCAGAACCAAGGCUCUACGUCCAAUCCUCUUAUACACUAACUGUCAUCCCGAAGGAUGAAGACUGUAAGUGAACAUUUUACACCCCCAUUUACACUGUAAUAUAUAUAUAUAUAUAUAAAUAUAAAUAUACUUUAAAGAAAAAAAAGACUGAGAAGGGAAAGGAAAAAUGCAAGCGGCCGAACUCCAGGUAUUUUGUAUUAUUCUUCUCCUUUAUUUCUGUACACACGAAAAAAAAAACUCGGGUGUCGCGAAAUUGUUUAUUAUUCCACUGUCAGCAACGUGCAAUGUGACAAGAUCUUUUU